AGUGUAUAGAAAAAAAAUUGGUCCUAUAAGUACACAUAUUCUAGGUUUCUUUAGAUGGCAAAUAUAGUCAAGACAAGUUCCUGGAAAAUGGCAUCGAACUUGAAUGGUUCCACUGAACUUCUCCAAGCUCAAACUCAAACAUGGAACCAUAUCUACAACUUCGUAAGCUCUUCAGCAGCAAAAUGUGCAGUUCAACUAGGCAUUCCCGAUGUCUUAUACAAACAUGGUAAGCCAAUGUGUCUUUCCGACCUCUCUGCUGCCCUUCCCCUCAACCCUUCCAAAAUCUCUUUCCUGCCCAUUCUCAUGCGCUCUUUAGUUCAGUCUGGUUUCCUAAAUGAACAUGAAGAUAAUUACUAUUCUCUUACCCCAGCUAGUCGCCUUUUUGUGAAAGAUGAUCCCUUGAGUACGAGGUCAUACUUUCUCAUCAUGCAUGAUCCAUGCCUUCAAAAACCAUGGUUUGAGUUAAGUAGUUGGUUCCAAAAUGAUUUCCCCACUGCUUUUCAUACUGCUAAUAAUGGGAAAUCUCUUUGGGACUAUUUCGCGGAUGAACCAAGAGGAAAUGAUAUUUUCAAUGAUUCAAUGGCUAAUGACUCGAGAUUGAUUGCCAAUGUGCUUAUUACGGAGUGUAAACAUGUCUUUGAGGGGUUGACAUCGUUGGUGGAUGUUGGAGGUGGCACUGGCACUGUGGCAAUUGCCAUAGCCAAAGCUUUUCCUGCCAUAAAUUGCACUGUACUUGAUCUCCCUCAUGUUAUAGGCGAUCUCAAGGGAAGUGGGAACUUGGAGUUUGUCGGAGGAAGUAUGUUUGAAAAGAUUCCUAAUGCUAAUGCAAUCAUACUCAAGUGGAUUCUCCAUAACUGGGGGGACGAAGAUUGUGUGAAGAUAUUAAAAAAAUGCAAAGAGUCAAUUCCAAGUAGAGAAAAAGGUGGGAAAGUGAUAAUUAUAGACAUAGUGCUGGAAAAUCCGAAGCAAAAGGAUGAUUCAGUUCGAGCACAACAUAAUAUGGACAUGUUGAUGAUGGUUCUUUUUGCUGCCAAAGAGAGAACUAAGAAGGAAUGGGUAAAACUCUUCACUGAAGCUGGUUUCAGUGGAUAUGAAGUAACUCCCACCCUGGGCACAAGGUCUCUCAUUGAAAUCUACCCUUGAAGAAGCCAUGGGAUGUGCAUUUACAAAAUAUUGUAAGCUCUGGUGAAUAAACUUAUAAGCUUAUGAGUCUAUCUGUAUUUUUAUUGUACUAGUUUUUGGACAGGCUCGUUACACGUGUACCCCAUAUUAUGAGUCAAAAUAUUUUAAAAUUA